AACUAUUUUGGUUACUCAAUCGUGUAACUAGUCCACAAAUUGAGAAGCUCCAUUACUGUUCACUUCAACGACUUCGUUGAUGCAAAUGAUCAAAGUGAAUCAUUAGCAAUUAGAUCUACCCACUAACAGAGCUCACCCUAAAUUUAGCUGGUGGAUACAUACCAAACAGAUGACUUCAGACACACCCACCACUGAAUGCAACGCCAACAAAAGGGACAAAAUCUUGCAGCUCAACUACAAGGGGCUGCAACAACUGCCCACAGUGCUCACGGAGACUGAAGACUUUAAACACAUCACUAACCUCUACCUCAAGAGGAAUUGUCUGACAACACUGCCUGAAAGAAUCGACAUGUUGCAGAAUCUGGUUGUACUGUAUUUGCAUAGUAACAAACUGACAGCUUUACCCAAUACUAUUGGCGAUCUUUCUAAUCUGGAGUGUCUGGAUGUUGGAUCCAACUGUCUUACAUUUCUCCCAGAAUCCAUUGGCAGACUUGCCAAACUCACGUCCUUAAAGCUAGCAUAUAACAUGGUCACACACAUGCCAAAAUCUGUAGGCAAUCUACACCACCUUGUGAGUCUGGAGGCAAUGAACAACCGACUGAGAUCACUUCCACUGGAACUGUUUGACUGCAGGAACUUAGAGGUGUUGUCUGUAGACUCUAAUCAACUCCACUCCAUUCCACGUCAGAUCUGCAAACUUACCCGACUGAAGGAGAUGAGUGCCACAGGAAACAAUAUCAUAAUGCUCCCUCAAGAUAUGGGUACAAGUGAGAACCUGAAAUCCAUCUUUGUGGAUUGUAACUGUUAUUUGACAGUCUUGCCAAUAGACCUUCUAAAACGACAAGUUGGAUUCUACAGAUGUGGCUCACUUCCACUCUCCAAGUUGUCUGAUGCCAUUCUGUCCAACAUUUGUUGUGUGACAGUCAAACACACUGAGACAUGUAGCAAGGCCCUGCCGUUGCCAUGGGAGAUCCGAAAGGUGGGCAACCUCACAGACGCCUGUGUCCCAACACUGCUGGAACUGGCUUUGAGGUGUACACACAGCAUACUGGUACACACUACAGAUGUCCGUUACCUGGAGGAAGUUCCCCGAUGUUCGUGCCGCUGCUGUCAAUGCCGACUGCCAAGUGUUACAAGUGUCAGUGCUCAGUGUUCACUAUGGCUUUCCCCAUGGUGUUUCAGUCCCAGCUUCAGGGAACCAGUGUUUACCUUCUUGCUCUGUGUUGUUCUGUUCUGUGUCUUCGCCAGUGUAUGUUCAUGGUCAAUCUCCCUCUUGUGUACCCUACACUGGAGAGUCUGGGUCUCGCUGUUGCCAUUAUCUGAUUAUCACCCAAGGAAGUACUCUAUCAAGUGUCUCCAAAGUGUCACCUUGAGGCUGCAGCUGCUGCAGGUGAACAUUCCUGGAGUGUUGACACACCAGGAACAUGUCAGUUACUUUGUACUCAAUCCACUUGGUGGGCUUGCCUGGUGGUUAAAGCAUUUGCUCAUCACCCUGUAGACCCGGGUUCGAUUCAGCACAUGGGUACAUUGUGUGAAGCCAAUUUCUGGUGUCCCCCCUGUGAUAUUGCUGAAAUAUUGCUAAAAGCGGCGUAAAACCAUACUCACUAACACACUCACUGGCUCAGUAAAUCUGGCCUUCACAAAUCCUGACUUAUUACAUAUUUUACACAAUAUCUACAGAGGGCAUGUCCAUAACUAAGAUAAGAGGACAUCUCAGAAAAUUAUAUUUAAUGUAAAUAAAAUUUCUUAUUUUGGACAAACGACAAA